CGAGCAGCAGCUUCUGCCUGGCUGCCACUGCUGUCGAUGCUCGGUGCGGGCAGUCCUACUUUCUAGUGACUUAAUUAGGUCACACAGGAACUUGUGACAGAGCUGCAUAUCAAACAGCAAUUCUGGGUCUCAUUGCAAGGGCAGAUCUGCAAGCACACUUUGCAAUACCUGGCUCCCAGCAGAGAGGUUCUAGGAAGGUGACCGUGAAUGUGACACAUCGGGAGCUGAGAUGGAAGUGGUUAUGUCCUCAGGAACAAAGAUCUGUUAGCUGGAGAGCAAAUCCUGAACAGAGCAGACUCCAUCUAUUCCUACAACUUCACUGCUAUGAACAUGUGAUGUGAUGGAUGGAGAAUUUAGAAGAGGCUGGUUCACAACUUGUCACCUGCUAGCACAGAGAAGAGGUGGAUGAGAAGACAAGUGGAGGUGCCACUGUAGAAUCCAGCCCCAACUAUGGUGGAAGAUGCCCAGCAAGCCUUCACCACUUUGCUCUGUCUAGCAGCAACCGUGUGCAUGGCUCAGAACACCUGCCCCGAGCUCAAAAUAACGGGUCUCAGCAGUUCUGACAAACUCGCCGUGCUUCAGGAAUGUCUUGGGAUUCCUGGACCUCCUGGUCCCAAAGGAGAUCAAGGGAUGAUAGGAAAACCAGGACCUCAGGGCAUCCCUGGAGUGAUGGGACCAGCUGGGAAGAAAGGUGAUAAAGGAGACCCUGGGACAAUAGGGAAAGAAGAGCUGGACAAUAUACAGUGCACAGCAGGGUCAAGAAACUGCAAGGAGCUGUUAGCCAAAGGAAAGCUUUUAAGUGGCUGGUAUACCAUUUAUCCUCAGCACUGUAAUCCCCUGACUGUAUUGUGUGACAUGGACACAGAUGGUGGAGGAUGGAUUGUUUUCCAGAAACGAGUGGAUGGCUUAGUGGAUUUUUUCCGUGAUUGGAAUUCAUACAAACAAGGUUUUGGCAGUCAACUGUCUGAAUUCUGGCUGGGGAAUGACAAUAUCCAUCUGUUAACAUCUCUUGGGACAAAUGAGCUUCGCAUCGAUCUCAGAGAUUUUGACAACAAUCAUCAAUUUGCCAAAUACAGCUCCUUCAGAAUUGCUGGAGAGACUGAGAAAUACAAGCUGAUGCUUGGUGAAUUUGUUGGUGGCACUGCAGGGGACUCAUUGUCCUACCAUAAGGACAUGGCGUUUUCAACCAAGGAUCGUGACCAUGACCUGUAUUCUGGGAACUGCUCCACAUCCUAUAAAGGGGCCUGGUGGUAUAAGGAAUGUCACUUGUCUAACCUGAAUGGAUUGUACUUGAAGGGAGUCCAUGACAGCUAUGCAGAUGGCAUAAACUGGAACACAGGCAAGGGGUACAAGUACUCCUACAAGCUGUCAGAGAUGAAAUUUAGGCCUGUAUAGCCAGUCAAGAAGGCAGAUGCACUAAUUAUAUUUAGGUCUGUAUAGCCAGAUGGGAGGACCAAUAUACUUAGCCUUUACAUUGCAGCAAUCACCUAGACUACUGCAUACUUAGCUGGAGAUAUCUACUAAAAUUAAUUCUUUUUAAAAACCUCAGCUUGUCUUUCUUCUAUCUAUAUCUCUAUGGAAGUUUAGAUCUAGGCAACACUUUCAAUCAUUUGUUUACUAGAGACAUCAUUGGGGAUAGGGCUCCAUGACCUUUGGCACCAUGGCCACAACCAGUCCCUGCUGAGAAAAAGGAGCAAACUUUAGCUGUAAGACAUGACCUGUUCUCUUUGUGCACCAGCCACUCAGGGCAAUAAGGGGACAUGAGUUGGCAUAUUAGGCAAACACUAGAAAGAGCUGAAAAACAAAAAACUGCUGUUGCAAAAAUCUUAAAUUCAUAAGGGCUCAAACAAACCUCUUGUACUUGAAUGUUUGCUGACUUUACUACCUUCUACCUGAAAUACAGUUUUCC